CACAUAAUAACCAGCCACAGCCAAAGCAACCAUAGCAACAACAACAAUGGCCAACUCUCUUAGCUUUCUGGUUCUGACAUUUUGCUUCUGCAUCAUCGCUCAAAUUAUAUCAUCACCGACCGUCGAUGCAGGCGGGCACAACAGACUGAGCUGGGGCCCGUUGAGAUCCGGCUGCCAAGGAUCAGUGGCUGAUUGCAUAGGAGAGAAUGAAUUUGACAUGGACUCUGUGAUCAACAGGCGCAGAUUGGCCACGAAUAAUUACAUAAGCUACGGAUCGCUGCAGAGGAACACUGUGCCAUGCUCUCACAGAGGAGCAUCGUAUUACAACUGCAAGGCUGGUGCAGAAGCUAACCCUUAUAACCGUGGAUGCAGUGCCAUUACAAGGUGUCGUACUAGUUAAGGUUAUUAUGUUCCAUCUCCCCUGUUUUUAUUCUGCAACUUUCGCUUGUAACAUAAAAAAGUGCUGUAAAAUACCAUGUCUCAAAGCUUGUGUUUGAUUUGUGAUUUUUUCUGCUAUGGUGAUUGGAAUACGAGUUUAUGUUCUUCAAAUACAA